AUGCCACCUUCAUCAGCACGAGUAUCCCGGAAACGAACACGUUCAAGAAAUCUUUCAGACAACAAUGAUGAUCAUGAACCAUCAACAUCAACCGUAGUUUCAUCUCAUCAAACAAAUCCAGCUCCCCGGAAGCGUAAACGUAAUAAUCAAUCUUCAGCAGAACCACACAACAGCUAUCCACUUCGUAAUCAUUCAACAACACCCGAAGCACAAUCACAGCGUUACAAUUUACGACCACGAUGUCCACCAGUACAAAUUCAUUUACCUCAAGUUUCUAAUUCACAUCUGACUACAAUACCGCGUCGCGCUCGACGUCAAACAUCAACAGCAAUAUCUACUUCAAGUAGCAUCACCCAACAUGAUCACCCAUCAUCGUCAUCGUCAACAUCACCAUCAUCUACUAUGCAACCACGUCAAUAUCGUCUUGUUUAUAUUUCUGAUGAUGAUGAUAACAAUCAACCAACAACUUCAUCAUCUUCAGCAGCUAUUGUUAAUCUAGCUAAUGAUAAUGAAUCUAUUCCACCCCGACGCACGGCAAGACCAACAUCUAAUGUUAUCCAUCACACACGUUCACGCACCGCAACUGAUCCAACGAACACCACGCGAACAGAUAAUCAAAACUUUUCCACUGAUGGCGUCAGUCCUGUUCAUAUCGAUCGUGCUAUUGAGAUUGUUAUCGAUUCUAUUCAAUCUCUCGAAGGUGCUGUAAAUAAUUUCGAUCAACUUUUCUUUAGUCUUAUAUAUGGUCGAUUGAAUACACGUACAGAAUACGAUGGCACAGAGGGCAUGAUACGAUUGUCUCGAAUAUUGAAUAUUAACUUUCCAUCCCGCUUAACUCAAGAUGAAAUUGAUGCUUUGCCGAAAAUCCAAUUUCUCGAUAAAUCGGACUCGUCAUCGAUUCUUUUAGCUGAAAAAUGUCCUAUUUGUUUAACGGAAUUUACCGAUCAGGAAAUUAUCAAUAAACUACAUUGCGCACAUUUAUUUCAUCUUCAAUGUAUAUCAACAUGGCUUAGUGAAAAUGAUUCAUGUCCAACAUGUCGACGAAAAGUGAAUGGAGAUUAG